GUCUGCGUUACCAAGUCUGAGGUUCAGUCCUGGGAUACUUUCACUGCCUCCAACCUUGACGGUCUGGAUUAAACUGGGAGCGAUUCCUCAGAGGGAACCCAAAGACGCUGUGAUCUGAGGGAUCUGAGAGGAGAGUUUCUACCAAGGCGUCAGAUAACGACGGAUCAUCAGGCACGCCGGGUGGAGUAUAUGAGCGAACUCCGUCUCACCGGCUUGCGGACACUUGACGGGGUCGUCUGCCCGCUCCCGGGAAUGCCAAUGCAUGCAAGGAACUGCUUCCUGCUGUUCCUCUGGUUUCUCCUGGAUGAAGGCCUCCUCGCGCCCCACGGUCUGCUGGGAAAGUGGCACCACAGGAGCAGGGCGUCACUGAAGAGGAGCUGGGCACCAGGGUCUCAGAGGGUCAGGCGGAGUUGGGUGUGGAAUCAGUUCUUCGUGCUUGAGGAGUACAUGGGCUCGGAUCCUCAGUAUGUUGGCAAGCUCCACACCGACCUGGACAGAGGGGACAGCGUGGUGAAGUACACCCUCUCCGGGGAGGGGGCCGGCUCCAUCUUCACCAUCGACCAGACCACUGGCGACAUCCAUGCCGUGCGGAGGCUUGACCGGGAGGAGAGGCCAUUCUACACCCUGCGGGCCCAGGCCAUCGACAUGGCGACGGGGCGGCUCCUGGAGGAGGAGUCCGAGUUCGUCGUCAAGGUCCAGGACAUCAACGACAACGAGCCCAGAUUCCUGGAGGGUCCGUACACCGCCAGAGUCCCGGAAAUGGCACCAAUAGGUACCUAUGUGAUCCAGGUGACAGCCACCGACGCCGAUGAUCCCACUUACGGGAACAGCGCCCAGGUUGUCUACAGCAUCCUGCAUGGACAGCCUUACUUCUCAGUUGACGCCAAGACAGGGGUGAUCAGGACCGCCUUGCCCAACAUGGACAGGGAGGUAAGGGAGAACUACUACGUCCUGAUCCAGGCCAAGGACAUGGGGGGUCAGCUGGGAGGUCUGGCCGGGACCACCACCAUCAACAUCAGCCUCACAGACGUCAACGACAACCCGCCCAGGUUUUCCAAAAGUAUUUUCCACCUCAGGGUCCUGGAAUCGUCACCCACGGGCUCAGCAGUGGGACGAGUCAAAGCUAAUGACCUCGAUGUGGGGAAGAAUGCAGAAGUGGAGUAUUCCAUCGUUCCUGGGGAUGGGGGAGGCAUGUUCGAGAUCACCACUGAUGAGCAAACCCAAGAGGGGAUUAUCACCCUCCGAGAGCGGCUGGACUUUGAAGAGAAAAGUGUCCACAUCUUCAAAGUGGAGGCAUCUAACCCAAGCACAGACGGGAGGUUCCAGCACCCGGACCCGCUCAGGGACUCCGCCACCGUCCGGAUCAGCGUGGUGGAUGUGGCCGAGCCGCCGGCGUUCGGCAAGCCAGCGUACGACAUGGACGUGUAUGAAAACGCCCCCGCGGGUAUCAUUAUCGGAGCCGUGAGUGCUCAGGACCUGGACGUGGGGGCCAGCCCAAUCAGAUAUUCCAUGGACUGUAUGGAGGACACAAACUGCUCUUUUGAAAUAGACCCAGUGAAGGGAACUAUUUCCACCACGAAAGCCUUGGACAGAGAGCAGACCACAGAGUACAAUAUCUCCAUAGUGGCAACUAAAGUUAGGAAUCUGGACCUUUCCAUGCAAGCCACGGUCACCAUCCACGUGCUGGAUGUUAAUGAGUUUGCUCCCGAACUCAUCACACCCUACAAGACUUUUGUUUGUGAAAACUCCAAAUCCGGGCAGGUCAUUGGCACCAUCUCUGCUCAGGACAAGGACCUGUCACCCACAGGACAAAGGUUCACCUUCAGAUCACUGCCAGGGGACAUUAAAAAUGAAAAUUUUACUGUCUGGGACUUUGCAAACAACACUGCAGGCAUCCUGACGCAGCGGAGCGGCUUCAGGCGCCGAGCUUUGGACCGCUACCUGGUGCCCGUGGUGGUGGUCGAUAGGGGCUACCCCCGCCUGAGCAGCACUGGUACCCUGACUGUGCGCGUCUGCUCCUGCGGCCGCGACGGGAGCCUCAUAUCCUGCAGCGCUGAGGCCGUGUUCUUCCCUGCGGGUGUAAGCACAGGCGCACUCCUCGCCGUCCUUCUGGGAGCAGCCGUCCUCCUGGUGACUGUGCUGCUGUAUGUCGCUCUCAGGCGGCGACGGAAGAGCGCGGUGUCGGCAGUGCCGGGAGACGGGGACAUCCGCGAGAACGUCAUUCGCUAUGACGACGAAGGGGGCGGGGAGGAGGACACACGUGCCUUCGACAUAGGUGCCCUGAGGAAGCCCGACGCGGCAGAGGCCCAGCUACACUCCAGCGGGCGUGCCUGGGCGCCCCCCAAACAGGACGUCCCGGAUGUGCGGGAUUGCAUCCACCAGAGGCUGGUCGAACGCCCCAGUGAGAGCGCCCCCCCUCCAUACGACUCGUUGGCCACCUACGGCUAUGAGGGCGACGGCUCAUUGGCGGGGUCCCUGAGUCCCAUCGAAUCCUUGACGGCGGAGGUAGAGGAGGACCACAGUUACCUUGACGACCUGGGGCCUUCAUUCGCCAGCUUGGUAGCGAUAAUCAGCAAACCUGAGAGUCACCGGGACACAGAGGAGGAACAGGGACCCUGACAAGAAUGCCAAGCCGGCUUGCUGUUAUUCUUCAUUUAAUUUUAAUGGGUUUUAUGUCCGUCCCUCCACAUACCCAUCAUCCACCUGUCAUCUAACCGCUUACCCUGCUCAGGGUCGGUGGGGGGGGUGCUGGAGCCAAUUCCAGGCAGCACAGGGCACAAGGCUGAGGUCACCGUGGAUGGGAUAGAGGUUUCAUGUUCGUUCUUUAUUUUUAUCCAAUUUCAUAUAAUUUUCUUUGCCAAAAUGAGAUCUCAGAAAUAUCGAGGGCUGGGGUAGGAAAAAAAAGGAUAAAAGGUAGACUAAAAAGCUGGGGGAAAAGCAAAUUAUGCAUUUAUACCUGCAUAAUUUAUUUUAAUUGUUAUGUUUUUGACAUGAGUGAAAGAAAUGAUUGCACCAGAAUUUUGAGAACUUGCGACAUAAUUUGAAGUGCCUCAAAAAUGUCUUCUUUAAAAAGGCUAAAAAUAUUUUAGCUAAAUUCCUUGGCAAAAGACCUAAUUUUCGUUUGGAAUCACCCUCAUCCUUUAAAUAUAUCACAUACUGUUUUGCCAAAUAUAUUUUUUAUGUACGUAUCUGAUUAAUAUGUUCAAUCUUCUAUUCUCCAAAAACAAUAUUUCUUGGACUAAUUAUCAAUGUCUGUCACAGUAUUGAUGAUUUCAGUAUGCGCACAUAUUUGUUUUUUGAAACCCCUCAGUUUCCAGUUUUUCAUAUGGUUGUAAUGACAAUUUUGUCAGCUUGACAUACCGGCCUGGUGGAGAUACACACACCAUGGGAACCUACAGCGCACUUUAAAACGUUGUAAACCACAAAUGAAUUCCUCACAGUCCAGGCUUUGCUAGAUAUACCAUUAAAAUCACAUUCUUUGCUUUCUGCGACUCAUUUGGAUCACUGUAUAUUUUAUUGUUUUGUGAUUUCAUUCAUUUUACCAGCUGCGAGAAGCGUAACUGAGCAGAAAUCGCCAGUGUUAGCGUCGUUCUCUUGGGUUUUGCUGUUAGCCAACCUCCGGCUGUUCGGAAUGCAGAGAGACGUAUCCAUGACUGUCAUGUGUAGUUUAGUUUGCCGUGAUGUAGCGUGACUGAGGUACAUUAAACAUUGACAGUAAACAGGACUCACAGCUACGCCCUUCUUGAAAAAUGAUUAUUCACUUGCUGAGGCGACUCAGGACCUUGGC